AAUGUUCCCCUCUUUCUUGCGCUGGCGAAAUGACGUCCCCCAAGAAGCGAUCUGCAACUGCACUUUUGAGACCCAAACUACCAAUGACAACCACCGACACCAACCGCAUGGGCUUUGACCUCGCGCGUAUUUUGGCUUGAGCACGAAUGUAUUUGCAUCUCGGUAACUUGAGGCCGUUUGGUGCUGACACAGCAUCUCUCCGCUCGUCGGGCUUCGUAUCUCCGCGCGCUGCCGUCAACCUCCAACUUUCUACACGCGACUGUGAGGCACUUUCGGAAACGACAGUUGACCGGAUUCUUUCCUUCUGUCUGCUCCAAGAUGUUGUCUAUCGCGCUGUGAAGAGCUUCCGUGCUUUCACCUACUCCCGACCUGAUUCGAGACGAACUAUCGGGGAUUCAAGAGUUCGGCUUCGGGCGGCUUUCAGGACGACUUCGGGCGGGACACCCCCGUUUUAUCACCGCGUUCGCAUAAUUUCGGUGUGGUCUAUACUCUUCCGCCUAGAUGGACUCGUCACAGCAUCCGCUGGUAGCGGCCUUGCUCACUUCACUCACCUCUGCGACUAUCGCGCCUUCCGCCGCAACCCCGUAUUUAACCUCCUAUUCACAACACACUCAUUCCGCGUCCUCGAACUGGACCUCGCUAGCCCCUUCUGAUCGUGAUGGCGGCAAUGGAGGGAACAUGGAAAGGUGGUCAUCGCUUAUCGGUAUCAUCACUGCUCUGAUCGGCAACGUGUUGAUCUCGAUGGCGCUCAAUAUCCAGCGAUAUGCGCACAUCCGGAUCGCGCGAGAAUGGGAACAGAAUAAGAUCAAAAAGGAAGCUGAACGAAGACGGACACGGUCUGGCGCAUCCGUUGCGAAUCCGUACGGGACCGUCGGUGGUGAUGGCCGGGCUCGAUCGAGGGAACAGGAUCGGCAUAAUGGACAAGGGGAAUUUGAGGGUUACUACGAUGACGAAGAUGCGCCUCCCAGGGGAAGACCUGGCACUCGAGGCUCUGCGGACAGCGCCCGGGAUUCUUUUGCAUCCGGUAGUGCCGCGCGUUCAGAGGACUCUGAUGCUCGGAAAUCUUACUUACGGUCGCCGUACUGGUGGGCCGGUAUCAUCCUCAUGGUUCUGGGUGAGACUGGAAACUUCCUUGCCUAUGGUUUUGCGCCAGCCUCAAUUGUGUCUCCGCUGGGCGUCGUUGCCUUGAUCUCCAACUGCGUUAUCGCACCCUGUCUACUCAAGGAAAAGUUCCGACAGCGGGAUUUCUGGGGCGUCCUGGUAGCUAUAGCCGGAGCUGUGGUGGUUGUGCUUAGCGCCAAAUCUUCAGAGGAGAAGAUCGGCCCCGGUGAAAUUUGGACGAUGAUUACUCGUUGGGAGUUUGAGCUUUACCUGGGCUUGACGAUAGGGCUGAUUAUUGGCCUCAUGUGGGCCAGCUUCUCAUACGGCUCGCGCUCGAUUUUGAUCGACGUCGGGCUUGUAGCAUUAUUUGGUGGAUAUACAGCGUUGUCUACCAAGGGCGUCUCCUCGUUAUUGUCCUUCACACUAUGGCAUGUCAUCACAUACCCCAUUACCUAUCUGCUCGUUUUCGUUCUUGUCUUCAGUGCCUUGAUGCAAAUUCGCUACAUCAACCGAGCUCUUCAACGCUUUGACUCCACCCAAGUGAUUCCAACCCAAUUCGUCCUAUUCACGCUCUCCGUGAUUGUCGGUAGCGCCGUUCUCUACCGUGAUUUCGAGUCCAUGUCGGCUGCUCGAGCAGGAAAAUUUAUGGGAGGAUGCGCCUUGACCUUCCUGGGUGUCUACUUCAUUACCAGUGGUCGAGUACGUUCCGAUGACGAGUCCACCUUUUCCACGGACGAUGAGGAGGAAGCUAUCGGCUUGCUGGAUGGAGAGCGAUAUCGCGACAGGAUUGAUUUGUCUCCACCCGCGCAACAAUUUCGAGUACCAAAAACACUUCCUAUUGAUCGCGAGGAAGAGGACGUUGUUCUGUCCCCGACGGGUUCACUCACGAGCCGCGGUAUUGACGGCAUCGAUGAUGACCAGCUAACACCCCGAGGUGCCCUUUCCGGGGCCCCUUCUUCUCCAGCUGGCUCAUUGACCGCCGAGCUCCCUCCUUCGGGGCCAUCGCUGAAUCACCUAUCGCCACUACGACCGCCUUCCCGUAUGUCCAACCCUUGGGCAGACUCUAUCGAUGCAACCCUCGAAACCCCCAAAUCGGACCUCGAAACUUACUGUCAAACUACCCCUCCUACACAACACGUUGAUAGUGGUCAGGAGUCAACCAUACUUUUGCGUUUCCCCCCUGCACCUGGUAUCGAAGAGGAGCCAGCAAACAGGUCACCUGUUCCUCGGCGAGCCUCUACUCCUACUGGGACAGACCAGGCUCACAACACUGAUAGAAGCCACACAAUUCUGGAGACUCCUUCGCGACGAGCAAUGCGCAACUCUAUUUCCAACCGCUUUUCCCCUGGUCCACUCCUACCUACUCUUUCUGGCGGAUUCAGCGCCGUCGUUGCGGAAUCUCUACGUCGUGGCGAGGGUAGCCCAUUGAAAGAUCGUGCCCGACGAAAGGGAGGACGCCGCCGCCAACUCGACGGUGCGUUUGACCACGAGCCAGCUCGCUAUCAAGAUGGUGACCUCGGCGUUGAUGGUCUCGAUCAUCCUCUAAACCUUGCCACCACCCGGCUACAAUCUGCCACCGGUCUGGCUGUACCGCCCGUGGAGGGUGGACGGUCUACUCCCGCUUUGGCUACGCAGAUCUCUGCCACUUCACCUCAGAAAACAGAUGAGGAAGUCACUCGCCUACGCAGCUUCAGUGACUCGUGGAGUGGUGGGCUUGCAUGGCUGGGCGGCGCUCUGAGAAUGAAUCACCAUGAUCUACCUGUGGAUAGUGGUGCGGUCUCGCAAGGAACCGCGACCCCGGAAGGUGAUCACGCGAAUGGCGAAGGUAGCCAUAGCCACAAUCAUGCUGGAAACACCGAGGCUGAAUCUCGGUCAUAACUGCAGCAAGGAGCAUAGAGGGAACCAAAGCCUCCGUGUUCAGAGCCGUACAUGAAGAGUGGCUGGGUCACUCAAACCAUACAUACACUUCACCUUUUCUCUUUUCCCGUUCCACCUUUUCAUUUGGCGGCUGGUUUUUCUUAUAUUCUGUCGACAAACUUUGGUUGUAAUUGGCAUGGCAUUCUGCGGGGUACAUCCUCUUAGGCAUUUAAUAUCCUUCUCAUUGUGAUCUUUUUUCUUUUCGGGAGGUCUAUCGUUG